AUGGCUACCCCUAGUGUCCUCACUUUUGACGCUGAGGGUCGGGCCAUUGACUUUGACGUCUGGAUAGAUGACCUGCAGCUUUUCUUACAGUGCGAUAGGGCAGACGGCCUCUCCCUCUUUGACCUCACUUCUGGUGCCUCCCCUGCCCCCGCCACUGAUGCUGACGCAACUGUUCGCUCCCAGUGGGCCACGCGCGAUGCUGCUGCACGUCUUGCUGUGCGUCGCCACCUGCCUACCUCUGAGCGUGCGCACUUUAGCCAGUACAAGAGUGCUCAGACCUUGUACGACGCUGUAGUUGCACGCUACUCCUCCCCUGCCACUGCUGCACAGAGUCGCCUCAUGCUACCGUACCUCUUCCCUGACCUUGCUGCCUUUCCCACAGUCGCUGACCUCAUUACGCACCUACGCACUAGUGACACUCGCUACCGCGCUGCGCUUCCUGCUGAGUUCUGCGCCAAGAACCCCCCCCCCAUGUACAUCACCCUCUACUACAUAGUCACCCAGCUCCCUGACUCCCUUCGCGUAGUCAGGGACCACUUCCUCUCAGUUUGCCCCACCACUCUCACCGUUGACCUCCUCGAGAAGUCCCUCCUAGCAGCAGAGAAGAGCAUAGUGGCUGUAGGAGCCUCUCGUGGUGACCCUCGCACCCCCAUCUUUGAGGGGUGUUCCCCCUCCCCCCUUUUGCCCUCUGUUGCCUCUGCUGCUGCGGCCGACCUCGUUGGGCUUGAGUCGGUCGGUGCGGCGUCUACCCCUAGCGGAAGACGCCGCCCUGGCAAGGGCAAGGGGGGCAGGGGCGCUGGAGGAGCUAGCGGGGGCGGUGGAGGCGGCAGUGGAGGCGGUGGAGGAGGUGGGGGUGGCGGUGGGGGUGGUGGCGGGGGUGGAGGUGUUGGUGGUGGCAGUGGAGGCGGAGGCGGCAGCGGCAGUGGCGGAGGGAGCGGAGGUGGCGGCGGUGAAGGAGGAGGCGGCGGAGGAGGUGGAGCUGGUCAGGGUGGCGCUGCGCAGAGGGUCGGCUCCGGUGGUGGUCAGCGCCAGCAGCAGCAGCAGCAGCAGCAGCGCACUCGUGACAUCCCCUCCCCUCAGCAGCUCCGUGAGUGGUACACUGCACGCCAGAGGGGUGGGGGUACUGGUCCGUGCACCUACGUCCUCCGCACCGGCGACCGCGCGGGUGAGCAGUGCGGGGGUGCGCACUCCACCCAGCGCUGCUUUGGCCGCCUGACGGACGCUUGGCGUCACCAGUUCCCUGAGGCCACUGAGAUCCCCCGCUGGGGUGAGCUGUCUAGGGCGGGUGUGGCUGUCUUUGACCUUGACUUUGAUGCUAUUCUUGCUGCCAUGUAUACUGUGACUAUUAGUGAUGAGGGUGACUGUUACCGGUGUUUUCCGCCCGACCCGGGCAUUGAGACUGCUGCUCUAGGUACUGGUGAGGCUGCUGCUCUAGGUGCUAGCGAGGCUGCUGCUCUAGGUGCGUCUGCUCCCUCAGGUGCUGGUGAGUCUGCUCUCUCAGGUUCUGCGUCGGCUUCGGCCUCCCACACCUUCACCCUUGACUCGGGGGCUUCUCGCUCCUUCUUUCGAGACCGCACCACACUCACGCCGCUUAGCCGGCCAGUUGCAGUCUCUCUGGCAGACCCCUCUGGGGGUCCUGUCCUUGCUCACUUCUCCACUGUCCUCCCGUGUCCGGCGGCCCCCUCUGGCACCCUGUCUGGUCUUUACCUUCCCUCGUUCUCUACGAACUUGGUGAGUGGUGCUGACCUACAGGAUGCGGGGGUUCACCAGUUCACUCCUGCGAGUCAGCGGGUGACCCACUGCACGGACGCUCGGACAGGCCGACACCUGGCCACGUUUACCCGUCGGCCGGGGUCGAGCCUGUACACCCUGACCACUGCGUCUCCUCCAGUCACUACGUCUGGUCAGGUAGCUGCGUCGGGUCAGGUGUUUGCUGCAGCGUCCAGGUCUGGUCCUGAGUCUGCCCCUGUUCGUGUCGCCUCCUGUCUCACGAGACUCUCCUCUGGCACCACCGCCUUGGUCACCCCUCCCUGCUUCGUCUCCGAAGCAUGGCCUCCCGGGCGGCAGCGGGCUGCCCCUCACUCCUCCCAGUUUCCUCCGACAGAGGCCCCGCUGCAGACGCUUCACAUGGAUGUGUGGGGCCCGGCCCGCGUCCGUGGACAGGGUCACGAGCGCUACUUCCUGCUGGUGGUUGACGACUACUCGCGUUACACCACAGUCUUCCCCUUGCGCAGCAAGGGUGAUGUCACUGAGGUGUUGAUCGACUGGAUCCGCGCAGCUCGUCUCCAGCUCAGGCAGAGCUUCGGCUCGGACUUUCCUGUUCAGCGUCUGCACUCUGACAGAGGUGGAGAGUUCUCCUCUGGCCUUCUGCGAGCCUACUGUCGUGCACGAGGCAUCCGCCAGACCUUCACGCUUCCGGACUCUCCACAGCAAAAUGGGAUUGCUGAGCGCCGCAUUGGCAUGAUCAUGGAUGUCGCCCGUACGUCCAUGAUGCAUGCGGCUGCCCCCCAUUUUCUGUGGCCGUUUGCGGUUCGGUACGCGGCGCACCAGAUCAACCUUCACCCCAGGGUCUCCAUGCCGGAGACCUCCCCAGCUUUGCUGUGGACGGGGAAGGUUGGCGAUGCGUCUGCGUUCCGUGUCUGGGGAUCUCGAGCGUUUGUCCGCGACUUGUCUGCGGACAAGCUGUCCCCUCGUGCUGCUCCUUGCGUCUUCCUUGGCUUCCCCCCUGACGCGCCAGGGUGGCAGUUCUACCACCCCACCUCUCGCCGUGUUCUGUCCUCCCAGGACGUCACGUUUGACGAGUCGGUCCCCUACUACCGCCUCUUCCCCUACCGCACUCCGUCCCUCCCCCCGCCACCGCUCUUCCUUGUCCCAGGUCCCCCCCCGGUAGACCCCCUCCCCCCUCAGGGUCCUGCCCCUUCAGGUGUGUCCCAGGUAGACGCAGUCGAGCCUGUCGAGGUUACUGGUGACUCUGGUGCUGCUGAGGGUGCUGAGCCUGGGGGUGCUGACUCUGGGGGUGCUGAGCGUGUGGGUGCUACGCCUGGGGGUGCUGAGCCUGAGGGUGCUACUACUGGGGGUGCUGAGCCUGGGGGUGCUGAGCCUGGGAGUGCUACGCCUGGGGGUGCUACGCCUGGAGGUGCUGAGCCUGGGGGUGCGGAGCCUGAGGGAGCUGGGCCUGCUCGUGUGGCGUCUGGCGGUGCUGAGCCUGGAGGUUCUCUGGGUGCUUCGUCUCGACGGGAGGCACUCUCUCCACAGGAGCUGCGCGAGUGGUUUGCCCGGCGCUGGAGGCGUGCUGCUGGAGCUGGAGGUUCUUCGGCUGCUGAGGGUGCUGGUGCCGCGGGUCCCGGAGGUGCUCGUACUGGGAGUACUGGAGCUGCUGGGCCUGCGGGUACGACUGGAGCUGGAGCUGCUGAGGGUGUUGGCGCUGAGGCUACUGCUGUCGGUCCUGGAGGCGGUCCUGCUGGGGGUGCUGGAGCUGGAGGUACUGCUGGCGCUGGUGCUGCCGCUGGGGGUACUGGUGCUGUCCCUGCUGUGUCUGGAGUCGCCACACGGCCUAGGCCGUACUUCGUUCCGCUCCUUCAGCAGGUUCUUGGUCUCCCGCCUUCUCCUGGUCCUCCUCCUCCCUUAGAGUGUCCACAGCCUGUCCCGUCACAGUUACAGUUACAGCCGGCCUCCCCACUGCCCGCUCAUUCUCCCUACACUGGUCCUACUGGAGGUCUUGCUGAGCGUCGUGAGCCUGCGUCUCGCCCUGCGUCGCCUGUCCGUGCUGCUCGCACUAGUGGUCGCGGUUCGCGUCAGCGUCCUCCUCCUGUCCCUGGCACGCACCGGAUGUCUCUGCGUCCGUCCACUGCUCCUCUGCGUGCCCCUUUGCCUUCUCCUCCUGAGUCCUCUCUUCCUGCUCUUCCUGACCCGGAGUCGGACUCUCUUCGUGCUGCCAGUCCUACUGUCACGCGUCUCCUUGCUACUGUUGUCACUGACCCUUCCUUUGAGUCCACUGCUGCGUCUGCCCUAGUUACUGAGCUCGUCGACUUUGCUGCUCGCUGUCGUCUAGACUACGCUGCUAGACUUGUUGCUGAGUCUGAGUCUGUCUGUCCUCCGUCCGUCGGGGGUGAGUGUGCCCUUGGCACGGACGUCCUUGAGGACAGGCAGGAGGAGUUCCAGUGUUUGGCUGCUGCUUCACCUCAUCUCGUGUCCGUACUGCUUACCCCUGAGGGAGACCCGGAUGCACUUGACAUCCCGACUCCGCGCUCUUACGCGGAGGCGAUAGAGGGUCCCUACUCCUCUCAGUGGCAGGCAGCUAUGGACGCAGAGAUGGCUUCCUGGAAGUCCACAGGCACCUACGUUGACGAGGUUCCCCCGCCUGGGGCGAACAUCGUCAGUGGCAUGUGGAUUUUCAGGGUGAAGCGACCGCCGGGUUCUCCGCCUGUCUUCAAGGCGCGUUACGUGGCUCGUGGCUUCAGUCAGAGGCAGGGAGUUGACUACUUUCAGACCUUCUCUCCCACCCCGAAGAUGACCACUCUUCGGGUACUGCUGCACAUAGCUGCUCACCGCGACUACGAGCUGCACUCUCUUGACUUCAGCACUGCUUUCUUGCAGGGCAGCCUGCACGAGGAGAUCUGGCUGCGUCGCCCACCUGGCUUCACUGGGUCUUUUCCUCCUGGCACCCAGUGGAGCCUCCGGCGGCCAGUCUACGGUCUCCGCCAGGCACCGCGUGAGUGGCACGACACACUGAGGACUACACUUGCGGCUCUUGGGUUUGCUCCCUCUACUGCCGACCCGUCGCUGUUUCUGCGCACCGACACUUCUUUGCAGCCGUUCUACAUCCUCGUGUACGUCGACGACUUGGUCUUUGCCACAGCUGACACUGCUGGACUCGCCCACGUGAAGUCCGAGCUGCAGAAGAGACACACGUGCACAGACCUGGGUGAACUGCGCAGCUACCUUGGCUUGCAGAUCACCCGGGACAGAGCACGCCGCACCAUUACCCUGACUCAGUCACACAUGGUGCAGCAGGUCCUUCAGCGCUUCGGCUUCACGUACUCCUCGCCUCAGGCCACUCCUCUGCCUACUCGCCACUCGCUCUCAGCUCUGCCUUCGGAUGAGUCCGUAGAGUCGAGUGGCCCGUACCCAGAGCUUGUUGGCUGCCUCAUGUACCUGAUGACCUGCACACGACCUGACCUUGCAUACUCUCUUAGCAUUCUUGCACGCUAUGUUGCUCCUGGGAGACACAGACCGGAGCACAUGGCUGCAGCGAAGAGGGUGUUGCGCUAUUUGUGCAGUACAUCGGGCAUGGGGCUUGUGCUUGGAGGGCAGAGUCCAGUGGUCCUCACUGGACACGCAGACGCUUCUUGGGCUGACGACCAGGCUACGCAGCGGUCGUCACAGGGUUACACCUUCAGCCUUGGUUCCGGCUCUGUUUCGUGGCGGGCUACUCGCUCGUCUUCUGUUCUCGGCUCCAGUUGCGAGGCUGAGAUCUACGCCGGGGCCAUGGCUGCACAGGAGCUUCGCUGGCUCACCUACCUGCUGACUGACCUCGGAGAGCCGCCUCGUUCUCCUCCAGUGCUCUACGUAGACAACAAGGCCAUGCUGGCCUUGUGUCGAGAGCAGAGACUGGAGCACAGAACGAAGCACAUUGCUCUUCGCUACUUCCUUGCUCGUGAGCUACAGCAGCGUGGUCAGCUGCGACUUGCGUACGUGGCCUCUGAGGCCAACACUGCUGAUAUCUUCACCAAGGCACUUGCGCCUUGUGAUCAUCAGCGCUUCUGUACUCAGCUGGGUCUUGUGCCUACCUUGCCUCACUUGCUCACCUCUUGA